AGAACAGCCUCGCGCAGAGAACGGAGCAGAGUCCCGCAAUUCACGCGCACGGCAGUUCAGUCCGGACCUGCAGGGAUCAAGCCGCAGCUGUUCUCUGCUACUGUGCGGGUUCCACAGCGACCCAUGAGAACUUUCAUUUGACUUCAUCGUUUCAUUUUAUUUUUAUUUUCUAUCAUUAGUCAUUCUUAUUUUUUGCUUCAUCCAAUAGGCUGCAAUUAAUUCAUUCUUGCUCAUCUUUUCCAAACUGCCUCAUUCGUUUUUUGGGGAACUCCGGUGGUUUUUUCCCCUCGUUUGCCCGUCUGAACGGAAUACCUCGCAUUUGGAAUUGGUACCUGCUUGGUUUAUGAUCCACACCGGGGGGAUUAACUUCCAUGUCUCCGCGGACAUCCAGCACUUCGGCGGCGACGACACGGGUCGCCUUCCUGUGAGGAAUGUACGUGCUCCCCACGGCCGGUCGAUAGGAGAGCGCUCCACUCAAUCGUUUAUUUUACCGAAUGAGAAACUGCCUGCUGUCCGCGGUGCUGCUCUCUCUCAUCUUGAGCAAGACUAAUAGAGCAGUAGCUCUUCCCUUCGGGAUGGUUCACUUCUAACCGGGCUCCUAUUAAGCAUUUAUUUUUAUUUUUUUACUUGUUCUCCUGGAACGGGGGAUAUUGAGUUUGUUUUGUCACAAGCAGCACACCAACAAGACGCUUUCUUUUUUCUAAUUAGAAAUUCCCGCGGAACGGAAUUUGACCGUAACGGUCGUAACGGACCAUGGGCGACUCUCUGUGGAGAUAUUACUUUGGAGUUCUAGUCAUCGCGUGCAAGGUGAACCUGUCCCGCGCGAUCAUCCUGGACUCCAUAUACUGGAACACGACGAAUACCAAGUUCGUGCCAGGACAGGGUCUGGUGCUGUAUCCACAGAUCGGGGAUAAGAUGGACAUAGUUUGCCCACGCGUGGAGGGCGGCUCAACAGAAGGAGUGGAGUAUUAUAAACUCUAUAUGGUUCCUCUGGAACAGCUAAAGUCCUGUCAGGUCACAAAGGCAGAUAUCGCUGGAAAUGAAAUUGCCCUCGAGCUGGGAGCAUAUGAGUACCCCUCUGAUCCCUUUUCCCCCAAAGAAUACCCCACCAGUUACCCUCCAAAACACCCCGACGUAGGGGGCAAGAACACCAAAUCGAAUGAAGUACUUGACAAGCCGGAUGCAGCUCAUCAAGGUGAAGAGAAGGGAGAUGGAAAUAAAUCGUCAUCAGUCAUCGGCUCAGAGGUUGCCCUGUUUGCUUGCAUCGCCUCAGCCAGCGUCAUUGUCAUCAUCAUCAUCAUCAUGCUGGUAUUCCUCCUGCUGAAGUAUCGACGACACCAUCGCAAACACUCGCCUCAGCAUGCCACCACGCUGUCACUCAGUACAUUAGCCACGCCCAAGAGGGGCGGCAGCGGCGGCAACAACAACGGCUCGGAGCCGAGCGACAUCAUCAUCCCGCUGCGGACUGCUGACAGCGUCUUCUGCCCGCAUUACGAGAAAGUGAGCGGCGAUUACGGACACCCCGUUUACAUCGUACAGGAAAUGCCUCCCCAAAGCCCAGCAAACAUCUAUUAUAAAGUGUGAAAACGGACACGCUUCUUUCGGACAUUUUAACUCUAACCCCCCACAUGCCCCUCAAUGAACCCCCCGUGGGCGGCAUUGAUGCCAGAGCUCACCCUCGUCCUGCCCCCUCUUAUUUUUUUGCUGUUCUUGUUUAUUUUAAAAUAUUCCUGAUUAUUACUUUCAGUAUAGAUGUUGCUGAUGGUGGAGUGACACUCCUGAUUCGCUGCUCUUGCACCUGCAAAAACUAAACUAACAACUCAAAAAAAUGACAAAAAAGAAAACAGAAACCCUUCGGGAGAUUGACGUGCACUAUAGCGGAUAGUGUGUGUACGAGGGAGCGUGUGUGAAUCAAACGAGCGGGGGAGAGGGGGGUUGAGGGGGUGGCCGUGAAAAGAGAGGUCAAGACAAUGAUUCUUCCUCUUUUUUCUACUACAUCAUCUCCCUUAAAGACACAACACACGGAGAUGGAGAAGAGAAGUGACGUGACAGUAUCACACAGCAAGACAUAUGAACUUGAGCUGUUUAUUUAGCUUGGCCGACUGGCUGAUCCAUCUCGAAACAGAUAGUGAAUGCAGCCUAUUGGCCAGAGCUACAGGAAGUGGAUUUAUCGAGGAAGCGGGAAGCUCUCCGGAGCCUACUGUUGGACAUUUGAAUGGACAUCAUCUGUUUUUGCACGUUCACUCGUACUGUUUUCAUUUACGUUAGCUCUCCUCAUUUGCUCACCUCUACAAAAUGACUCACGAUGUUUACUUGAAGUCUUUUUGUAUGGUCAUGCGUCUUGUAUUUUUUUCUGUCAUUCCCAGUGCAGUCCACUUGCAGAUUAGUUUGGUAGAAGACUAAUAGGUAUCGUCAUAGAGAUCCUUUUGUGCUGGUUUAUGUGCUGUUUAGUAGCGUGGAAGACACAUACACACAUUUCAUUUCGUAUACGUCUGCUUCCAGGACUGGAAAAAGGAGACACAUAGAGAAAGAAGGAAGGAAAGAACGUCGAUAUUUGGUACAGUUGCUGUCCUGUUGCCUGCUGGGAAGGUGGAGGACCCACUUGAACACAUUAGCAGCACUUUGAAAGCCUCACCACUUUUCCCACAUGGAGUACAAACUCAAGAAAACACAUUAAGAGAGAGAGCAGGGAGCGAAUCACUCAAGGCUUAUUAGCAAAAUCUGUCAUUUUUAACACAAAAUGGCCGCCUUCCCCAGGCAUGUCGCUGCAAAAGUUCCUGUUUUUCUAGUAUUUCUGCCAUCGCACACAGACACACACACAUUCUCCUUCACCAGUGGCCAGUGCAGAUUGUGGAAGAGAGGAACUGGUGCUCUACUUUUUCGCUCAAAAGCGCAGGGACAUCAAGAUCUAAUUGUUUAGUUGAAAUGAAACAAAAGAUUUAAUUAGUGUUUCUUUAUGGAUUUGUUUAGCGCUAGAUGAAAACGCUUGGAAAGAGUGCACGUAGACUUUAUUUAUGCUAGCGUACAGACAGGUCGGCGUGAGACAGCAAGAAUAUGAAUAAUUUAUGGCGAGUCUGCACAUUAUGCAAGCUUCAAGUUUUCCUUUUCGUUAACAGAUAUUUCUCAAUCUCGCUAUUUGCUUUUUCCCAUCGAUCCCUACAUGAAUAGCUGCCUUUCGACCACAAACACACACACAUACCCUCACAAAAAGCACAUGCGCUCAUGGCCAAGGAAGGGGCGGCUUUGGAAGGAGCCCUCAGGGAAAACAGCAUGUUGGGUUUUAAAAUAGCCGAAAGGAAUGAGAGGGAAGGGCCAGAAACGGACCAAAGGAAGGGCACGUCGAACAGAGUCCUGGCUAAACCAACUUCUCCGGCCUGCCUGUCUCUGUUGAUGAAGCUCAGAUGUGCUCUGGGUUGAAAUUAGGCCCCUUAAUCUGGAAGGAAAGCAGUAGACGUGGGUUAGCAAGCAUACCAGAUGAGAACGAGUGCAGGCUAAAUGUAGUAAAUUGCAUGAAAUGAGAUCUUUCAGGCUCAAAUUGUGGGAGGUUUCUGGAGGGGGGAAAAAACACAUUAUGAUCGAUGGAGGUCACAAGUGGACUUAGCGUGCGUUUUAGAGAGGAAGUCGCCGAGCAGAGGCCAGAGUAUCCCAAAACCCGCAGGAACUUGGAACUGGAACUUUUUGUCGUCAUUCGUGUGAAACCCUUGGUGAGCAAUGCCAGCCUGCAGACAGCUCAUCUUCAUUUGUUUCUUACGUCGAAAUCGAAAUCGUUUGAGAGUUGAAAAUGUCCACAAACUGACUGUGGAUCGCCAUAGUCGCACAUUAACUGUUCAUCCAUUUUGUUUUCACUUGUUCAUUGAGGUUCUUGAAUCUCACCGAGAAGCCAAGCCUUGUGUGAUCGGAGCUUUGUGCCUCUGUAAGAGGCCACAAAAUCUGCAAAUAUGCAAUUUUUAU